GUCCUUUUGGGCCAAUUUGAAUCACUCUGAAUAAAAUUGAAGCCUGUCAUUUUUUUAUUUUAUAAAAGUAAUUAAUUUAAUUUAAAUUUUAAUAAAAAGAAAAGAUUAAAAAAAAGGAAAGAAAGUAAAUAAAUAAAGGAAGAGUGAAAUUUCCAAGUUGCCAACCCAUCUUCACAUAAAUAUUUGAAGUUAAAGUGUUUUAUUUUCUCUCUUUCUUUCUUGAACAGUUUAGUGUGUUUUGUGUGUCUUUUUCUGUGUUUCUAACAAAUGAACUUGCUCUGUCAUCAAAUUCUGCUUCUUUCUUCUUCUGGGUGCUUUGUUCAUGCAAGAUCCCAAGACCUCAAGAACAAGGAAGCCUUGGUAUCGAAAAGCCUUAGAGAUGACAACCUUAUGGAAAGUAAUUGUAAAAUCACCAGCAACUGCAAAUUCAGCACUAUGGAAAACCAUUAAAACCACAGAAAUCCAACCAACAACAAACCCUAGCAAACAAAAGCUUAUAAAAUCUACUUCUCUUAAAGUUGCCACUUCUUUCACAAGAGUAUGCCUAUGUGCUCCUAUUUCCUCCUACAACGAGGUCUUCAACACCGAUGUUCCUCCUAGGAGAAGCUACACUUACCCGCGAUCAAAGCCCUUUACUCCACCACCUUCAACGAAUAAUGCACAAGAAUGGAGGAUUCCUAGUGCAAGGCAUAGCAUCGAGGGAAGGAGAGUCUUUAGAGGGAAAUCAUUGACCGACGAUGUUUUAAUGAGAAGGUUUGUGGUUGAAGAGGAAGCAAUGAUGCAAGUUAGGAGAAGAAAUGAGAUGGAGAUUAUUAGAAGAAGAGCUUCUUUAAGGAGGAGAAAACUUGGGCCUAGUCCUUUAAGUAGGAUGGUACUUGCUGAAGAUGAUCAAGAGUUCUUUGAUUAAUCAAUUAACUAAACAAAAAGGAAACAAAAAAAGAUAGUUUUUUUUGGCUUUCUUACAUAUGAUGGGUUAAUUAGUGGUGGUUAUUGUAUUCUUGUGUUCUUCCAUAUUUUUUUGGUUAUCCAUUUUGACGCUUUCUCUAAUUUUGUACAUUUUGAAUUACAACGCCAUGAUCAUCAUGAUUUGCGUAUGUUCUUUAUCACAAAGGUAUUAUAAGCAUACAACAUAGGUGUUAUAUGUUGCAAUAGAAGAUCCAGAACACAAACUGUGUAGUAUAAAUUGGUUGCGACUUGCGACUUUGCCAGGUCUUAGUUAGGUUUACUUCUCGUGUUUUAGUAUUGGAUCUUGGCCCAAAAGGUUGGGGAGCCAAGGUUUGAUCCUCCAACAACUAUGCCACAACUUUUUAUAUGCAAACUAGUGUAUGGCUCGGGCGAUGACCCGGAUUGCUAGUUUA